CAGAAUCUGCAAAUGCGUUGAAGACGUUGCAUACAAAAAGCAAACAGGUCAAAGCUCAACACUGAGUAACUCCAGUAGAUUUAGCUCUAGCAACGGUGUCGAUGGACUACUUCCUAGUGGAAACGAGUAUAUGAUACACACUAACGAGGAAAAAAAUCCUUUUUGGUGGGUGAACUUAGGAAGGGAAUAUCUGGUUGAAAGAGUAGAAAUAUGGAAUCGUAAAGAUUGCUGUGGUGAACGAACUCGAAACAUGGAUGUUACUGUUGGACCAACUUUGAACGAAAUGAAGUUAUGUGUACAUUACAAAGGUCCAAGUCAGAAAGGUGAACACCUAGUGCUCGGGUGUAACAAAAGAAUGAGAGGUCGCUAUGUCAAGCUGCAAAUGCAAGGGACAAUAGCUAUGAAUCUUCUUGAAGUCAAAGUAUUUGUUGUCAAAACAUGUUCGAACUAAAAUAAAAAUCAAUAUUA